GUCGCCUUAGUAUCUAGUUGCGUCACCGUAACUUCAGAAAAUAAUUCAUGCUUUCGUUUGAGCCUCUUUCGUCAUAUCUAACAUAGCAUUGCAACUUUUUGAUCAUGCUUUUUGACGUGAAACAAAUCCAUUGCACAUCUGAUUAUAAAGCAAAUGUUUUAUACAAAUGCCUUUGUUUCAUUAUCCACUUAAAGUUUGGUUACAAACGACAAUUCAUUACAGAUGCCAAAGCGGAUAACGCUGAUUCACGUACAUUAUUCGUCUCAAAUUGAAACCGAGCGCAGUGGAACUAAGCGGAGAAACCGGUAGCUAGAUGCCAGCACCUUCCGUGGUCGCUGCUGCCACUUUACAUUUCGACCAACUCGGCCUUUGAACAACUCAAAACGGUAGCCAAUUCUUUGAAGCUGCAAGAAUUGUACGAGAACUGAAAACGUUUGAAGCUGCAAGAAUCGUACGAGAACUGAAAACUCAUGAAAUUCGGAAGCUAUAUGGCUUAGCAUACAACGAAAGUUAAAGGAAUUUGAUUAUUUAUUAUUUUUAAUGGUCUCAAGCGAAGCUAGUUCAAUUUGUUAGUUAUGGCUUCGGAUUUGAAUGCCACUAAAUUUCACUCUGAUGGGCUUACAAUUUUGCCUCAUAGUCUCGAAAGUUGUACGGACAACCAGAAUAAUUUUGAAGCCUCCGGCAGCGAUAACUUUUCAAUUCAGCAGAUAAAAUUAUUGCGCAUACCAGGAUUUUAUCUGAAACAACUACCAUCAGACGAGAGCGAGAUUGAAAUCUUUGAUAUGAACAGAAAAUUGUACGACAGCAAAGCCUUCCCACUCGCAAAUCUCUUUAUUCCAACUGCGAAGGGCUCGUUUAUGGACCGCAUAAUAGUAAUUAAAAAAAUCGAAAAGGUCACCGAUAGCACCUUUGAGCAAACGAAAAAAACCAUAUUAUCCCAUCUAAAGGAAGUUAACGCCCUUUUCGAAAAGCUGCCUUUUGAAUUUAACGAAUCAAAUGGUAAAAUACCGAUUGUUUUUGUCUUUUGGUCAAAAGCUAAGAUUGAAAAUGAUCCCUUUGUUAAACAGUUGAGCAAAGAUCUCCAUAUUCAUCUUACCGAUGAUCCAAAGAGCCCAAUUUUUGAAAUCAGAGCAGCUUGUAUUUUGACGAAUGACUCCAUUGAAGUUCGCCGCAAAACAUUCCUUCAACCAGUAAACCCUUGCUCUUCCCCACAUUCUCUGCUUCAAGCCCUAAUCCUGAAAGUUCCCUCUCAGAUCAGAUUUGAAAUUACCCGAAGACUUUUUAAUUGCGCGGGCUCGAAACCAAUCACUCUGAAAGACAUAGAGGGUACACUUGAUCUUUUUAAAGCUUAUUUCCCUCGAACAGAAAACUGUUUAGAAAUGUUGCCUGACUUCGACAGAAUUUGUGAAAACUUGCUUGGAAAAAUAAACGAUUUUUCUCUUUCUGAUGAGGCCAACCUUUAUUUGGGAGAAGUAAAAGAUUUCCAGCAAAAAGUGAUCUCGCGCCUGAAGAGCCCUAGGGGUCUGUUGAUUCAUGGCUACAAAGAACAUCAUCUAAACCAAGUGCUGAGACAACCGUGCAACUGUUUCUUCGAAUUUGAUUGGUUAUUAGUGGACAACGGCUUUUUCACUAUUUUCGAAGUGGGUCGGAGUCAAAACCCCUCGUCGCCGACAUCUACCGCUAUGAACAAGCUAUCAGAUGAUAAAAGUCUGCGGCAAAAGUACAUCAUGCAGAAAAUUCUCUACUUUUUUCUCAGAGAAACUUCCAAGUUGCCUGAUGACGAGUUGAAAGCAAUUGCUGAGAAGUCAGUUAGAUUAGUGAUAGUUUUCACAAAUAUUACCAAACGAGCCCUUCAGGCGAGCAUUGACCAGAAAAAUAAAUCUCUGAAAAAGUUGAAAAUUAUGAAAAAUAAACAAAUCUUAAUAAUGACUGGCGAAAACGUAGAUAUACUCAAUAACACAAUCAGCACUCCCAUUCUUAAGUUGUUUGAACUUGAUGCAAACUUUCAGCUUCAGGAGUCUGCAUUGAGUACCGAUGAUCUGUUCAGCUCUGACGUUGCGCAAGAUUUGAAUUUGAGCGAGGAAAAUAGGAAACUGACUAAAUAUAUUGCCGCCAUUUUAUCUUUCUCAUAUCUGCUUAACUUUGAUAAUGGUCACCCAAGUUCGGACCUAGAUCCUCCCGUCAGAUGUCCCCUAGGAGUCGAUGAUCGACUUUCGAAAGAAGCCAAUAACGCAGCACCUGGAAUUUCUCUUCUCGACAUCGUACUGAGUCCCCAGCAGCACAGAUUACUGGAUGAAAACGCUAAUAAACUUUUUUUGGUGGGAGAACCUGGCACGGGAAAGACUGCAGUUUUGCUGGCAAAAGCAUUUUAUGCAGCAAUGAACGAAGAUGGUCUCGAACAUGUAAUCAUAAGUUUUCCGUCAGAAAAGACGGAAUUCAAGGAGUUAAUUGUCAACUUUUCCGAAAGUCAAAAUAUUCCACCAGAUGCAAAAAAGAAACUGAAGUUUUUUACUUUGGACCAAUUAACCCACAUAGCCGAAGCCCAUAUGCAGCUCAACAAUCAUGUCGGUGUCCUACGGGGUGAAAAAUUCUCCGUGUCAGACUUACACAAAUCUAUAAUACUGAUUGACGAGUUGUAUUUGGAAUCAACUGACACUUUAGCUGACCAAGACCGAUUUCAUAUGAGAUAUCUUGAAUGCUGUUACCAUGCCAAACAAUGCUGGAUAACUAACCUAAUGGCCGGUCAACAUACAGUCCAGAAAAAACUCAACCAAAGAACGAUGCUUCCCAAUUUCCAAAUCAAAACCCUCAAUGUUUCCUUUCGGAGUGCACAUCACAUUAGCACUUUCUCCACAAAUUUCAUACAUAAGACGAAGGAUUUUACUCGGACUAGUGUUCGAAUCCCUGGGUGUUUCACAUCGAAACAAACCAAAAUUGCUCUUCAAAAAAUAUCUUCUGCUGCUGAUUUAGUUUUGAAUGACGAAAACUACACAAAACUAUGCUACGGCUCAAAUCGACGAGCACUCGUCUUUAGCGAUAAGCCAGAAGUUUGGAAAGAACGAUUUGAAUCGGAAUCUUUAGUCAAACUUACAAUAGUAUCUCCUCGAACAAACUUCACUUCAGCACCGUAUACUGGUUGUGAGGCUUGGUCAGUAAUCAUCAUAGUAGAUGACUUACCUCAUGAAAUUCACGACAGGAGGACUUUCGGAAUCCUGAAUUUGGCAAUCACGAGAGCGCAAUACGAAGUCUGCAUCUUUGCUGCAGAUACUGUUUACAAUCGAAUUGAGAACUUUCUAGAAGAAAAUGAAGGUUAUUGGGAGAACAUUUUGAUUGAUGCCGCCAAUCACAUCCAAAUAGAUCUCAGUUUUCUGGCACCUUUUAGCGAGUGGGACAAAAAAACUAAAAACUUUGUUGUAAAGCUAUUCCAAAUUUCAAUCAUGAACUCCAAUAAAAAGCUAUUCGAGCAACUUCUGGACUUGUAUCCAGGUGAAGACAGAAAGAAGGAUCUUCCUAUCCAGAAGAUUAUUUCAGCGUUCGAUGGUCCAAAACUGGAUGCGUUUGUGAAGGUGUUGUCUGAACGUGUAGGAAAACAAUUCAUCCAGUUGAUAACAUACGCGAUGAUGGCAGAAUGGAUCCCAUUUUUGCAUAGACUAGAAACCGUUCCAAAAGCAUCAGAUAUCCUGGAGGCUUCUAUAAUUGCUGGAAACUACAAGUUUAGUGUUGAUUGGUGUUUCGAGAGAUUAGGAUCACGGAUAUUGACGACAUUCAUCAAAAACUGGGGACGUCUUUUGUAUGCAGCAUGCUACACUGGAGAAGCCAAAGCAGUAGAGUGGGCACUCCAUAUAUUUGACAGACUGAACCUGGAAGAACAAAAAAAGAAGGAGUUGUCCGGUCUUUACCCUCUUUUAACUAGAGGUGACGUCACUCUUCUCUGUCUCGUCAGCUACUGCCGCUGCCCUCCAGAUGUGUUCAGGCUUCUGUUUCAGGCUGGAUUCCCUGACAAGUUGUUGCUUCAGACAUGCAUGGGGAAAAAUGCGCUUCACUUCGCCUUGAAUUACGACGAUUCGGAUUUGGUUGAAGUGCUCCUUGAAAAGCAGACGAGAAGGAAGAUUUUCCUCGAAAGCGUCUAUACACUAAAUGGACGAAAUGUAACUAUAAAAGAGUUUGCAGAAUUAUGUGGUUACUCUAAUAAAAGUCAGCUCUAAUGCUAUUAUGUUCU